AUGGCUUAAAUAACUCAAAAACAAAAUAAUUCUAACUAGAUUAAUUCUAAUCUUCAAUUCUCUUUGAAUUAAAAAUAAGCUGUUAACUAAUCACAAAAUAUUGAUAGUGAUUUAAUAUCAAGUAAAAAGAAGGUAAAAUAUAAAACUGAAAAUUAGCAAGUUUAUGAUAGAUUGAUGAGUUCUUAAACUAACAGAGACAAUCAAACUGAAGUAUCCCAAUACUUUGAUCAUUUAGGAGGUAAGUUUGAAUAAAUAUAAAAUAAAAAGGCAAAUGCUUAUGUGCAUUAUGUAACUGUGGCAAACAUAAAUGUAAUAGUAAAAAUUGUAUACACAAACCCUAAUUACAUGGAAAUUACACUAUUUAUUAAAAGGAAUAUCAAAAAAAGACACCAGAAACAGGAUCUCGUUAUAAUUAGAAUAUAUUUACUUAACCAAAAGCUGAAGGUGAUCUUGAAAAUGUGACAACCUACAAAGUAUUAAUUAACAUUCUAUUAUCAUAGCAUGAUUUUCCUGGAUAUAAUAGUAAAGCAGAACUACAUAAGAAUUCAUAGAAACCUACAGUAAGUGGAGUCCCUUUCUCUGGAUUGUCAACCUACAACAAUAUGUAUUUAAAUUGGGGAAUGGGUGAUACACCUUAACUAUUACCUUAAAAUAAUCCUACAGUUAUUAAAGAAAUGCCAUUUAUGGGUAGAAGUAUAUAUAAAGACAGUUACUAAGGAGUGUAGGCUCUUCCAACAUAGAGUUGUAAAAAUAUGAAUAAAGCUUUGAAGUAUACAAUUUACUUAUAUAGAUCUCCAUUGUCUCCUCCAGAUUUGAAGUUCUCUGCAGAAUCAAUAGCUAAAUCUUCUUAUAAACCAUUUAGAACAGAUAGAGUACCAACAGCUAAGAGCCAACAAAAUGUACAUUAUUAAUUAAUAUAAUAGGCAACCUUAAAUCCAUCAUUUAAUGGUUAAUACAAUAGUGAAUAUCGUAAAGAAUUCGAUCCAAAAGGUUUAAAUCAAUGUCCAGCCAAGGAAGUAUUAGAGGAGGUCGCACGUAGUACAAAAUUUUGA